GCGGUGCGGGACCCAAAAAUUCCAAUAAGAAAACUUCGGUUGCAACAUAAAGAUAAUCCAAGGUGGGCUUUAUUUUCCUAUUGCAUUUUGUUCUGAUCGUCGUUUCAUAAUUCUAUGCUGUUGUUCGAGCAUUGAUUGCACACGGAAGAGAGUGAUCCACGCUUUCUUGUGCGAUCAUGAGAGUCAGUUCAGUUCCGUUAUUGAUCAGCUUCGGAGUUUGUUGAUUGAAGUGUGCUCGUAUAGUGAAACCAGUGGUUCUCGGUUGCUAAGUGCAAAUUUGGAAAUUGUUGAGCUCUGAAAUUGUUCCGUUUUAACAACAGUCAAAAGCCAGCACAAUGAACAAACCUGACAUCUGUAACACGGAGUCCACCCACUACUGGACCAUUCAUGAUGCCAUCCAUGGCAAGGUAACUUAUCCGGGAUACGUUCGUGAAAUAGUUGACACGCCACAGUUUCAAAGACUUCGUAAUCUGAAGCAGCUUGGUGUCAGUUCAAACGUAUUUCCUUGCAGUACUCACACGCGUUUUGAGCACUGUUUGGGAGUGUGCUUUUUGGCUGGAAAGCUACUGAAGAUAUUGGAGAAAAAUUCUGGUGUUCAGAUCAGUGAUAUACAUCGAAAAUGCGUGAUGUUAGCAGCACUUUUACACGACGUUGGUCAUGGUCCCUUCUCGCACAUGUGGGAGGAUUUCGUGCACAAUGGAAGCGAUAAAGAUUGGACGCACGAAAAGUCGUCAUGUGAUAUGGCUUGUCAACUGUUUGCCGCUAAUAACAUACAACUGUCGCAGGAAGCGUACGAGCAUUACUACGCCGAACAGUUGAUCUGUGCCUUGAUAACAGGCAAUCAGGAGGCUCUUCGGACGCUUUUAACGCCGGACACCAUGUUUCUGUCGGAGAUCAUCCACAACAAGAAGUUCAAAUUAGAUGUCGAUAAGUGGGACUAUCUGCUGAGAGAUUUGUUCUAUUUGGACGGUGUUGUUCGUAUCAGCACCGAUUUCGUGCGUUUGUUCGAUAAUGCCCGGGUGAUCCGUGGCGGAGAUGGUGUUACUCAUAUCGCCUAUCGAGCUGCCGAUUAUUCGGCUGUGAUCGAAUUGUUUGAGGCUCGAGCCACUCUGCACAUCGAGUGCUAUCAACAUCGCACCGUGCUCGGGCUGCAAAGAAUGAUAAUGGAUGGGCUCACAUUGGCAGAAGAAUGUGGAUUUAAAUUAAAAGGUGCGAAAAUGUCCGAAGCACACCAAUCGCCACAAGUGUACCUCUACUUGGAUGAUAGUAUCGUGAAGCUGAUUGAAAUUAGCGACAGUGUCAAGCUGCUGCCGGCACAACAAUUGCUAGAUCGAUUCCAUCAGCAUCGAAAGUACCGUGUAGUUCAUGUGUCUAGUCAACCAAUUGAUGUUGAAAGCCUUAACAAACUAUUCGCAACGGAUGAGUUCUUCCAGUUGCACAAGAAAAUCCCGUAUGCAAGUGAGAUGGCGCCACGAAAUGUCCCCCUCUAUGAUGAUCAGGGUCGGUUAGUGGAAAACCGCACUAUUGUCGACAGUAUUAUAAGCAAUCUCCGCAAUCAGGGCUUCUUCGAGCAGUAUUUGGUGUACUGCAAAUCUACGGAGCCUGAAAUCGUUAGUCGUGCCCGAAAGUACCUGGAAUCAUUGCCCUUAGAAAAGCAAUGUUGAGAGAAAAGCUUGCGUAUUAUUUUAUUUUGUAGUUUGGUAUUUUAUGUUGAAAGUUUAUUAUUUAUUAUUGUUUUAACGAUACAUGCGAACACUGUCUUUGGUAGUCUAUCUCAAAUAUAAAUAGAAAUUUGCUACGUUUUGCUGUUUCGGAAUACCAAAGUUUUCGUGUAUCACUGCAGUUUUAUAGUUGUUCACGUCAUGUAGUGAGUUUCGUUUGCAUUAGAUAAUUAGAUUGAGUCGAAUAGGGAAAUCAAGUUCUUUUUUGUGGCCUAGUGUAAGGUUUUCAUUCAGUUAUGGAACAAAUACAAAUUAAAAUUAACAUCAUAAA